UUUAUCUGUGAACUGUUUACGAAUGUCCUAUCACACACAUUCUGUGGUGCCUGUGCAAGGAUAUGAAAUGUUUCUGUAGUACCACCAUCGUUCAAAGCUCCUGCAAGUCUUUGCAAGCUGGCAGUUCUUUUCCCCUCUGUCUGGAAAGUUCAUCUACAGUAGAGCCUACUAACCAACCCAUGUAGAAGAAUGAGAGGAGGGAAGCUGUUACUACCAAUGGUACUAAUGUCUGUGAUGUUGAGUUUUUUAACAAUACAGACAUCUUAUGGGCAGGACUUGGCAGAGGAGCCCUGCACUGUUCAGAUCCUUGUCCCUGGACUCAAAGGAGAACCAGGAGAGAAAGGACAAAAAGGAGCACCAGGGAGACCGGGAAGAGUUGGCCCUCCUGGAGAGAUUGGGCAACCUGGGCUUAAAGGACAGAAAGGAAUUAUGGGACGUUAUGGAAAAGUGGGCCCAAGUGGAAUGAAAGGGGUAAAAGGAGACAGUGGGGAUCCAGGUCCAAGGGGCCUUGAUGGAGAGCCAGGUAUCCCGUGUGAGUGCACACCGAUGAGAAAGAUGAUUGGAGAAAUGGACAUUCUCGUGGCCCAACUUUCCUCAGAACUGAAGUUCAUUAAAAAUGCACUGCCCUCCCCUGCAGCUGUUGCUGGCAUAAAAGAGACAGACAGUAAAGUCUAUCUGUUGGUGAAGGAGGAGAAACGCUACUCCGACGCUGAGGUCUACUGUCAGAUGAGGGGAGGGCACCUGGCCAUGCCCAAGGAUGAGGGAGCCAACACUGCCAUUGCGGGGUACAUUACCGAAACAGGCCUGAGCAGAGUCUACAUUGGCAUUCAUGACCUGGACCGGGAGGGUGUUUUCACCUACGUGGAUCGCUCUCCAAUGACCACUUUCAGCAAAUGGAGGAAAGGAGAGCCAAACAACGCCUAUGAUGAUGAGGACUGUGUUGAGAUGGUGGCCUCUGGGGAGUGGACUGAUGUGGCGUGCCACCCUACCAUGUAUUUUGUCUGUGAAUUUGACAAGGACAGUAUCUGAGUGGAGUCCUUAGCGAACAGCUGCUAAAAGAUUUGAUAAAUAUAAUGGAACAAAAGUUAGACGCGUUCACUGUGUUUGUGCGAUACCUUCUAUCUGUAAAUAUGAGGAAAAAAUGACAUCUAAGUUGUGCAAACUCAUAUUUUCUUUUCUUCCCUUACAAGCAUUACAAGCUAUUUAUUUUCUUAAUUCACACAACAACCAACAAGUUUGUUCUUUGUGUUAGAACCUUACUCAUUUUAAGUGCACCCUUAAUCUCAUACUCUGUGACUCAUUAAUGUUCCUGACAGUAUGCAAGGUAAUAUACUGAGUUUUUGUUAUGCAAAGUAUCCACUGAGCAAUAUUUGCUACAGUGCCAUCAACAAACAAGGCAAAUGAGCAAAUGCAGAGGGGCUGUAGAUUUUGUGGGAAAUAUGAAAUUAAAAGAACGAUUUUGGUUCCAGUUGAGUGCUUUUAAUCAGAGACAUUGAAUAUACCAUGCAUUUUAUGUUCAUAUUCGUAUUCAUAUAAUAAAUUAUGUGGAGGUUGUUGUACAAUAAACAUUCACUAGUAAUUUAAAAAAGAGACGGUGUCUAAUAAUUAUUUUCUGCCACUGAGCUGACUAAACUUAUGGGUGGAACUGUGCUUUGAACCGAAUCCUGAGCUAGUGUAACACAGCCUCCACCCAGUGCAUAAAAACUGAACUGCACUGUAAUGGUCUCUUCAAAUGGGAUGUAUGUUUUGUAGUUUUGGCUGCUCCAUGGUGACAUGUGACAUGUGACAUGGUAAAAUUUCUUCUGUGAAAAGGCCUAUUGUGCUUUUUAAAAAGGUAUCUACACAAACUGUUGCUAUCUAGGAUAAAAAACCAUGAUAUAAAAGUGAAUGUUGAGCUUGGACCUCUGGUGGAGUGGAGUUCUUAAAACUGUUAUGUGGUAUUGAAAAAAUACUGUGUAUGUGAUGUUAUUUCUGCUUAACCAAGUUAUACUGUGUAAAUGUUAAACCCUGAAAACAUGUUUAUACUGUAUUCCCAAACCCUAACCCUCUGUCAACAGAUAAGACCACCCUCUGUAGUAUGCAAACAUCCUUUGGAUGCAAUAACUCGAGUGACCUCACAUCUUAAAACAUCCACAUUCCAGUUUCUCGCUUUAAAUAGUGCAUGUUCACAAUUUCUGUCUUACCAACGGUGGGAAGCAGUGAUUACAGACUGUAAAAAAUUAGAUUUUUUAAAAAUGGGUGGGACUGACCUUUAAGAGUGUCAACGGAAACUCUCCCACUGCAGCUCCCUGAUCCUCCACUUGACAAGACACAGGAGUCAUCUCUUUGGGAAACCACACAUUGCAUGUCAGAUGCGCUGGAGGAAUAUCACUAAAAGAAACAGCACAUAUAGAUUUUAAUCUACACAUCAGAUUUAACUGUGAUGCUUUAAAUGGGAUAUUUAUUUGGACUCAAUUGUUGGAGAUUUUUCUAUAUUAAUAUUGCUAAGAAAAAAUGUUGAAAUCUAUCUUAGGCAGUGAAUUGAAUCUGAUGGUGGGGACUUAACACACUGCAGUCUUGAUUGGUGUACUAAGAUAAAUUAACACGGGCAGUUUUUCUGUGACAUGACUAUAAUUAAAAAAUAAUGUAUCAUCUAAACACAAGAGGGUUGACAAUAAUAAUAAAUUAAUUACACUUG